GAUCGACCUUUAUAUGAUCGAAUAUCGAUAUUUUUUUUCACCGGUUCUGAUGAAAAAAAAAAAAAAUCAAAAAAUUAAUUAAUGAAACAAAAUGAUACCAGCAUUAAUAUCAGUUGCACGUGUUUAUGCACCAUAUAUAAUGUUACCAGUUGCUAUGGUCAUUGGUGCAAUUGGCUACAAUAUUGAAUGGACAAUACGUGAUCCAAAUAAACCGAAAGGUGGUCAAAAACCAAGUGUUGAAUUAGAACGAGAUGAACGUUUAUUACGACAAUUAUUGGAAGCAGAAAAGAUUGAAGAUUUAACUAAAGUGGAAAGUUUAAAACAAAAAUCUUUUGUCUCGAAAACAAUAUUCGAACAAAAUUUAUCGCCUUCAUUAAAGCCAUCAUCAUUUUCAUCAUCAUCAUCAUCAACGACAUCAUCUUCAUCUUAAUGACAUCAUUAUCAUUGUCUUUCACCGAUUUUCUAAAUUGUCAACGAAA